AUGAACCACCAAAAAAGGAACCGCAGACGCACGAGGAAGACCCGCCAUGGCCACAGGGACAACUCCCUGUGGUUGUGGGAGAAGCCAGAGACGCCGGAGGAGGAAGCUCGGCGUCUCUGCGCUUAUUCCGGCUACGCCCCUCCGGUACACCCGUUGAGAGGGGAGUAUGCCUGGAGAGGCGAUUGGGGGGCUGACUCCCUCUCCCCGGACGACGAGGAUGUGGUGUAUGGGAGAGUGGAGGAAGACCCCCCGGAGGCGCAAACCCGGAGGUCGCCCCAAGACUUUUUUGGGGGGGUGCUAUGGGGCGUGGACCAGUGGGGUGAUGUCAAGCCCCUCAGCCGGCAGGAGGAGGGGGUCGUCAAGGAGCUCCUACAGGAGAUGCAGAGGACGGAGAGGACGGGCCGUAGGAGGGGAGGCCAGAGGAGGAAGCAGCAGCCCGUGCCUCCUACCAGCCACGGGUUGGAUGGUACGAGUGGUCCCUUGUCCAGUCGGCGUGCCCCACUCCCUACUCCGCAGCCUGCUCCUACCCCGCGGCCUACCCCGCGGCGCCCUGCUUCCCCUGCUGCCCGGGAGCCGCAGCAAGCGCCGCAAGCGCCCCCCGCUGCCCGGGAGCCGCAGCAAGCGCCGCAACCGGCUCUCCCUGACCCUCCGCCGGCUUCCCCGUCUCCGGCUCCUUCGCCGGCUCUCCCACAGGGUUCUGACCCUCCGCCGGCUCCCCCGGCUCCUGCUCCUCCACCGGCUCCUAUUCCCCCGCCGGCUACCCCGUCUCCUGCUCCUCCGCCGGCUCCUGCUCCCCCGCCGGCCGUCAACCCUCCGCCGGCUCCCCCGGCUCCUGCUCCUCCGCCGGCUGCCAACCUGCCGCCGGCUCCUAUUCCUCCGCCGGCUCCCCCGUCUCCUGCUCCUCUGCCGGCUGCCGACCUGCCGCCGGCUCCUAUUCCUCCGCCGGCUCCCCCGUCUCCUAUUCCUCUGCCGGCUCCUGUUCCUCCACCGGCUCCCCUGUCUCCUAUUCCUCCGCCGGCUCCCCCGGCUCCUACUCCUCCGCCGGCUCUCCCGCCGGCUCCGGACCCUCCGCCGGCUCCCCCGGCUCCUGCUCCUCCACCGGCUCCUAUUCCCCCGCCGGCUCCCCCGUCUCCUAUUCCUCUGCCUGCUCCUAUUCCUCCGCCAGCUCCCCCGGCUCCUACUCCUCCGCCGGCUCUUCCGCCGGCUCCGGACCCUCCGCCGGCUCUUCCGCCGGCUCCGGACCCACCGCCGGCCCUUCCGCCGGCUCCGGACCCUCCGCCGGCUCCCCCAGCUCUUGCUCCUCCACCGGCUCCUGCUCCUCCGCCGGCACCUACUCCUCCGCCGGCUCUUCCGCCGGCUCCUGACCCUCCACCGGUUUCCCCGUCUCCUACUCCUCCGCCGGCUCUUCCGCAGGCUCCUGACCCUCCGCCGGCUCCCCCGUCUCCUAUUCCUCCGCCGGCUCCCCCGACUCCUACUCCUCCGCCGGCUCUUCCGCCGGCUCCGGACCCUCCGCCGGCUCCCCCGUCUCCUAUUCCUCCGCCGGCUCCCCCGACUCCUACUCCUCCGCCGGCUCUUCCGCCGGCUCCGGACCCUCCGCCGGCUUCCCCGGCUCCGGACCCUCCGCCGGCUUCCCCGGCUCCUGCUCCUCCGCCGGCUCCUAUUCCCCCGCCGGCUCCCCCGUCUCCUGCUCCUCCGCCGGCUCCUACUCCUCCGCCGGCUCUUCCGCCGGCUCCUGACCCUCCGCCGGUUUCCCCAUCUCCUGCUCCUCCGCCGGCUCUUCCGCCGGCUCCGGACCCUCCGCCGCCUCCCCCGGCUCCUGCUCCUCCGCCGGCUCCUAUUCCCCCGCCGGCUCCCCCGUCUCCUGCUCCUCCGCCGGCUCUUCCGCCGGCUCCUGACCCUCCGCCGGUUUCCCCGUCUCCUAUUCCUCCACCGGCUCCCCCGGCUCCCCCGGCUCCUGCUCCUCCG